CGGAGUGAAUUCGCGGUAGCCACACGUGGGUGAAAAUCUGUUGGUUAUUCAUGAUAAAUUUGUACGGUAUUUGAUAUUCUACAAAUUGUAAAUUUAAUUCAGCAUCAUGGUGAAAGUGAAGAAUAAGAAGCGUAAUUUGGCUGAAACAACAGCCAAAAAACGUGACCAAAAGAAGAAGAAAUCAUUAAAUGCUUUUGAAGUACAUGUAAAUAAAGAAAAGCACAAGGUCUUGGGUCGGAAGAAUAAGGCAGAUCGUGGACUGCCUGGCAUUGCACGUGCAAAGGCGAUAAAAAAGCGUAAAAAUACUCUGCUCCACGAGUACAAAGUGAAGGACAAAACUAAUACAUUUCUAGACAGACGUAUCGGGGAAAAAAAUUCUGCUAUGACGCAGGAAGAUAAAGUGAUGGCUAGGUUUGCAGCUGAGAAAAUGAAGGCACACAAGAAAAAGAAUAUCUUCAAUUUGAAUGACGAUGAGUUACUCACUCACAGAGGUCAAACUUUGGCAGAAAUAGAAAAAUAUGACGACCCAAGAAGCGAUGAUGAGGAGUAUAGCGAUGAAGAAAAUAAAACGGGAAAAUUGGACAAAGAUUUUGUAAGCGAAGCUCAUUUUGGUGGUGGCCUAUUUACAAAAUCUGACUCGUCGAUGUCCAGGAAAGAUUUAAUAGAACAGUUGAUAGCAGAGUCAAAGAAACGCAAAGCCGAAAAGCAAAAGGUACGGGAACAAACCUUGGAUUUAACUGAUAAACUUGAUAGCGAAUGGAAAGAUCUUUUGCCUAUCGUGAACGCUUCGAAAAAAUGUGCAGAAGUACCCUAUGAAAAAACUAAGGUUGACGAUUAUGAUAUCGCACUCAGAGAAUUGAAAUUUGAAGCCAGAGGUACGCCAUCCGACAGACUUAAGUCUGAAGAAGAAAUUGCUAAAGAAGAAAAAGAGAAACUUGAAAUGUUAGAAGCUGACAGAUUAGCAAGAAUGCGAGGGUCUGCUGGAAAUGCAAACAAUGCAGCGAAGCAUAAGUCGGCCGAUGAUCUAGACGAUGGGUUUGUUCUUGAGGAUAUUAAUGAAGAAGCACUCACUUAUGGCGAAGAUGGAGUAGUAAAUGAUAUCAGUAAAGAGAAGGAUAAUGAGAACCCUGAGGAUAAUACUGAAAAUGAAAGCAGCGGGGAAAGUGAGAGCAGCGAGUCUUUGGAAGAUGAAAAUAUAAUGCCAGAAGACUUGAAUAAUGAUUUGGACAAUGUUCAUACCCUUGACGCGAAGCUAAACACAAAUAUAGAACUUGUGUGCAAUGCUGGAACUCAAAUACAGCACAAAUCUAAAGACCCAUAUGAUAAUAUUCCAGUUCUGAAGAUAUCUGACGAUAAUGAAGUUGCCAAAAGUAAGAUUAAUAAGCAUAAAAGAAUUUCCGAUACUGCUGAUCUCUUGAAGAAGAAUGACAAGCAAACAAUAACGAAUACAAACGUCUUAAAAACUCCAAUAUCUGCUGAACCACCAGCCAAUGGUUUUGAGGAUGAAAGCUUGGAAUCCGAUGGUGAAUCUGAAACAGUGGAAAACUCGGAUGACGAUGGUUCAGAUGAGGACAACCUGUCUGAUUUGAAAAUGGAUGAAUCCUCAAGCGAAGAAGAUGCACCGUUGUUGAUGAAAAAUGUUAAAUUCUCAACAAAUUUAACCCAAAAAGUGACGCCAUGUCAGAAACCAACUUCUACUCCACUUAAAUCAAUACUGAAAUCUGUAAAUGAUGAAUCGAGUGAAGUAGAAAAGCUCUCCGCAGAAGAACGAACUGCACAAAUCAAAGCAGAUCUUUUAAAAAGAAAAGAAGUGAUGGAACAAGCUCGCAAAGAAUUGCCUUACACCUACGCAGCACCAGAGAGCUUCGAGGAAUUGCAAAAACUAUUGCAGCAUCAAAAUGCUGAUUAUCAAACAGUUAUUGUAGAAAGAAUAAUCAAAUGCAAUCAUCAAUCGCUUGCAGAAAGUAACAAAGAAAAAUUAGCCAAGCUGUUUGCAUAUUUACUUCAACAUGUGAAUGAAUGUAUGAUAAAUACUGAGGACAGAGGUAUAGCCAAUUGUUUUCAAAUAUUCGAUAGACUAUGUCCACAUCUUUAUGAUCUUACGCAUGCGCUUCCAGAAAAUGCCAAAACAUGCAUUCAGGAAAUGAUGAAGGAAAAACACGAAACGUUCGAACUACACCAAAAGAAAUAUCCUGAACUAGGCACUCUGAUUCUGUUCAAACUGGUAUCUCUUCUAUUUCCAACUUCUGACUACAGGCAUCCAGUUGUUACUCCAAGUAUAGUUUUUAUGUCUCAAAUAUUAACGAGAUGUCGAGUCAGAAGUAGAAGUGACAUUUCAAAAGGGCUAUUCAUCUGUACUCUUGUUUUGGAGUACACGUUAUUAUCGAAACGAUUUUCGCCGUCAGUGAUCAACUUUUUACGGGGAGUAAUACACAUGGGUACACCAAAGCCCUCUGUUCAAGUAAUAAAAACAAUUCCGCCAUUUAAAUGUAUAGGAGAAUUGAGUAAUCUCUUGAUCGUAGACACGGAUCAGUCAAAAAUGAAAAUCAAACCAGAGUCAAAUGUUAUGCUGGCAAGUGAUUUGAUUGAAAAUGAAAUCGAUGAUGAUUUCAGGGUCAGAACAUUUAUAACAGCGGUGAAUUUAGUCUCUGAGUUUAAAACUCAACUUGAAGAGCUAGAGGCAGCUUAUCCAAUAUUUGAACCUAUCGUUAAACUUUUAAAUAUGAAUAAAAUGAGUAAUUAUCCAGAAAAUGUGAAACAGCAUGUCAGGAGCAUUUUGGAAGAUUUAAAUACUUUGAAGGAUAAAAAGUUAGAAUAUAUUACUCGUGACAAAAAGAAACCAAAAGCUUUAAGGCUGUAUGAACCAAGGAUAGAGACUGUAUAUGACGGAAGAAAACAUAAACCAAUGUCCAAAGAGAAAGCAGAGAGAGAAAAAUUGUUGCAUAAGUACAAAAGAGAAGUUAAAGGUGCAAUACGAGAAGUCAGAAGGGAUACAGCUUUCUUGGCAAAAGUACAGAUCAAACAACAAAUUAAAAGUGAUGAAGAUCGUAAACGAAAAGUUAAAGAAAUUUUCGGCAAUGCAGCACUUCAGCAGGGUGAGCUUAACAAAAUUAAGAGGUCCAAAUGAAGUUAAUACGAUUCUCAUUAGCUACAGGUAUGAAUUGAUAGACAUAUCUAUACGACUAUCACUAAUACUAUCCCUGAAUUGAAAUUGAAAAACUAUGGUAUACAUUUUUGGUACCAUUGUAUUUAUUGCAACGUGUACAUACAGUAUAAUAGAAAAAGCAAUGUUUUAUAACUAAAUAUAAAAUAAAUAACAAAACUCGAAAUAU